UUAUUGCAGCCCGAACUGACUUUGGACAGUCAAACAUGGAGCCAUUUUACUCUAUCAUUAAAAUCUACUAUACAAUUCUUGUCAUCAUCGGAGUUCCUAUUAAUCUCAUGACGAUUUUGGUCCUAUCUCAGGAAAGAUGUGGUCUCUCAACUUGUACAACUCGUUAUCUGCUGUCAAUGACAACAGCGGACUUGCUGGGUAUUAUCACUGCAGCAUUGUUAUAUCGGGGUAGUUCUUAUUAUUUUCCAGAAUCCUUCCUGCAAAUCACACCCGUGUGUCGUAUUAUCUUUGUCCUGCUUUUUGCAACCUCGGAAUGUUCUGUCUGGUUUACUGUCACUUUCUCCUUUGAUCGAUUUGUGGCCAUUUGUUGCCAGAAGCUGAAAACAAGGUAUUGCACUGACAAAAAUGCAGCUGUGAUUUUAUCAACGACCUGCAUUCUCAUCUGUUCUAAAAAUGUUGCAUCCUACUUUAGAUUUGAACCUGGUGAAAUAAUUGACAAUAUUCCUUGGUUCUGUAAGGAAACUCCAAGCUAUUAUAGUGCACCAGGUUGGGUGGCAUUUGACUGGUUUAGUAAGAUUUUUACUCCAUUGCUCCCAUAUGUCUUAAUUUUGUUGCUGAACACUUUGACAGUCAGACACAUUCUGAUGAGCAGUCUAGUGCGUAAGAGACUGAGAGGCCAAAGCAAAGGAGACAAUCACAAUGACCCAGGGAUGGAGAGCAGAAAGAAGUCGAUGCUGUUACUCUUCACGAUAUCUGGCAGUUUCAUUCUCCUGUGGCUUUUAUAUGUUAUAAACUUCUUGUACUACACAAUUUCUGGUUUAAAUUCUGAGAAUUACAGUGAAUUUUUAUCCAUCUUUGCAGAAGUUGCAGUUAUGCUGGUGGAUUUAAGUUGCUGUUCAAACGCAUUUAUUUAUGGGGUGACUCAAUCCAAAUUCAGGGAGCGUUUUAUGAGCAUGGUGAAAUACCCUGUGAUGUUACUUAUGAAAUCACUUGAUAAACAAAUGAAUUAAGUGCAACUUAGAGGUGGGUCACAGAGUCUCCAUUUCAGUAAUAUUUUAUCACUGAUUUCAAUCAAAGGAAUAUUAUCAGAAUGUGAUGAGAUUCCAAACUUCACCUCUGUUAUGGUGGGGGAGAGCAUCUUGCAGGACGGAUAGAAGAUUCAGAAGGCACAAUUGUUCUGAAAGAAAAUAAAAUACUGAUUAAAAAUGCAA